AUGCAGAUCUUUGUCAAGAACCUCACCGGCGACACAAUACCACUGUCCAUACCAUCAAACACAUCGAUCGCCACUCUCAAGUCCCUACUAGCUCUCCGAACGAACCUGCCAUCCUCGGAUCUCCGCCUCGUCUUCGCUGGCAAGCACCUGAGCGACUCAGACUCCACCCUAUCCGACUACGCGAUCGCGCGCGAAUCCACACUGCACCUUGCACUACCGCUCCGCGGCGGCGCACCCAAGAAGAUACGCUGCAGCUACAAGGAAUGCAAAGACGCGGCCCAGCGCAUCGUUGGUGACUGCGGCUUCUGCAACGGCCACUUCUGCGGCAAGCAUCGGCUGCUUGAGGACCACAAGUGCGAAGGACUAGAGGACUGCAAGAAAGAGAGCCACGAGCGCAACGCCAACAAGCUCAACUCGGAGCGGACUAUGGCAAUUAGAGGCGUGUAA